AGAAGAGGUUUUACCAAACAGACAGAUCCCCGCAUCAGUUUGCUAGCAGUAGCCGCUACAUGCUUCUAUUUUCCCGGAGAUACUGAACCGUACGAACGCCAUCAUGUCUUCAAGGACUCUGCCGCUGCUCUUCAUCAACCUCGGCGGGGAGAUGCUCUACAUCCUGGACCAGCGGCUGCGAGCGCAGAAUAUCCCCGCUGACAAAGCUAAGAAAGUUAUGAAUGACAUCAUCACCACCAUGUUCAACAAAAAGUUCCUGGAGGAGCUUUUCAAGCCACAGGAGCUUUACUCCAAGAAGGCCCUGAGGACUGUGUUUGACCGGCUGGCCCACGCAUCCAUCAUGAGGCUCAAUCAAGCCAGCAUGGACAAGCUCUAUGAUUUGAUGACCAUGGCUUUCAAGUACCAGGUGCUUCUAUGUCCCCGACCGAAGGACAUCCUCCUGGUGUCCUUCAACCACAUGGACGCCAUCAAGGACUUUGUGAAAGACACUCCCAGCAUCCUCAGCCAGGUUGAUGAGACUUUUCAACAGCUCAUAGAGAUGUAUACGCCCCUAUCCAGUGGUGAAUUCCAGCUGAUUAGACAAACUCUUCUAAUCUUCUUCCAAGACAUGCACAUAAGGGUUUCCAUUUUCCUCAAGGACAAAGUACAGAACUCCAAUGGCCGCUUUGUUCUUCCCACCAGUGGCCCCGUGCCUUACGGGACACAAGUCCCAGGCUUGAUAAGGAUGUUUAGCUGUACAGGGGAAGAAGUGAACAGGCUGCAGUUCACUAAUGGAGGAAACUACACUGCAGCUGUCCGGGAAGGGUCUUUUGAGAUCUUUGGAGACAGGGUAACCAAACUUGGCACAAACAUGUACAGUGUAAGCCGCCCGGUGGAAACCCACAUGUCGGGAACAUCUAAAAAUUCUGCCCAGCACACAAAGGUCAAUGCUGCUCCCAACCCUUUGGCCAAAGAGGAGCUGAAUCUUUUGGCCAAGUUAAUGGGAGGCUUAGAAGUUCAGAAAUCUGGAAACACAGACUGUGGUUUCCGAGUCAACCUUUUCGCUACAGACGAGGAAGAAGAAGAGGCAUUAAUAUCAAGACCAGAUGAGCUGUCGUGUGGAAUCAUAAACAUUCAAGCAACAAAGGACCAACAGGCCAAUGCUGAGCUGGCAAAGAUCAUGGGAGAGUUCACAGAGUCUGGGGAUCAAUCUCCCAGCGCCAGCAGCAAAGGAGAUGACCUUCUGGCCAUGAUGGACGGCCUGUGAUGCGUCACAGAGAUGGAAAUGUCCAGGGGAUGGAAACACUGACUGCUCCCUCUGCCGUAGACCAGUGUGCUGUCUGUACCUGCAGAGAUACCGCAGAAACCUCACACGCAGCCAGGAAAACCCUCGUUUCUUUGGUGCUUUUAAAGCUCAGAUGUGAGUAGGUGUUUCAGCUGGUUGUCAAACGAUCCACAGCAAGACAUAACAAUAUGGCAUCAUUGGCCUAGCCUUCAGCUACAGUAGGUCGUUUGCUGUAAACAGAGGAGUUUCAGUGCAUCAUGAUAAACACUAGGACCAUAUCUCUGUGUGUGUGUGUGUGUGGUAACUGCGAUGCAUCUGCUUGUAUGACGUCAGGUUUUGUUUUUUUUCUUUAAUCUGACUCAGAUGCUACAGUGAAUACACAUUCCACAUAUUUUCAUACAAGAUUUGUGUUUUAGAUGUCUUCUGCUCCAAAUCAGUGUUUGGGCGUCUGUAGACUCGCCUCGUACCCAAUUUUUUCCACUGACCAAAAUUUUAAAAGUAAGAUUUUUCACAAUAAGUGUUGUGUAUUGUAAGAAACAAGUGAUGAAAUGAUGCUGUGUAGGAAGAGGAAACCUAAGUGCUCUUUCUAUCAUGACUAGAAUUCCCUCAUGAGAUAUUUUUUAAGAUAUUGUAUACAGCACUGUGCUACACAUUUUAGACAGGUGUGGGAAGUGCUGUAAAGUAAGAAUGCUUUCACAAAUAUAAGUCUUAUUGUUUAUUAUUUUAUCAAUUUACAAAAUGCUUGUUUGAAAUCUUUGCCUGGGAGAGACGUUGCUGGUGUAGAAGAACUACCCUGUGUCGUGCUGCUGUACUCAGUCUUGCCAUGUGUCUGAGCCGUGAUAUGAAACUGCCUUCCCCCGCCUCUCCUUGGCAGCAGAGUCUGACUGUUUCUCACCCAGUUGUCACCCUUCCACAGAGCUGCUUCUGUUUCACGUAUUGACUGUGUUUCCACCUUCAUAUGAAUAUGACGAUCAUUAGCACCUGUUUGGUAUAAUUGGUUAAUUGAAUAGAAUCCUACAAAAUCCCUGACAAUGUGCUAGAAGAAGUCAUGCUGGUCCAAAGGGAAAGGGUAUUUUGACCAAAAUAUUGAUUUGAUAUAGGAUAUUGAUAACAAAUAAACAAUUAGAAUUUAUAUUUGUGAACACAUUCUUACUUUAUAGCACCUAAAACUCCAAAAACGUGUGUGUGUGCACACUUAUCUGAUAUCUUGAUGUCCUACUUUAAAAAUGGCUAGAGAGGCAACCUGUGAAAAUGUACAUUAUCACAAUAGAGAACAAUGCAAUACAGGGAAUUGUCUAAAGUGUAAAUAUGUUUAUUGAACACUUAAUUUAUUCAUGUGUUUCAUUUCCUGUUUAUAAGGAAGUGCACAUUGCUGCAAUCGUCAAAUUGUUUAAUGUGCAAUGUUUUUUUGUUUUUUUUAAUAAAUUGUUAAAUA